AUGGAGGACAAUCGACUUGCGAGGGUGCUGGCCAGACUUCAAAGCCUCCCCUCCAUAUCUCUUCCCACCGAUUACCCACGUCCCACAGGAUCGAACAAGCUCGUUGAGGCCGUUCAUCUCACCCAGCUAUCCGAACAAACCUCCCUCAGUCUCCUCAAACUCGUUUUAUACACAGAAGACGAAGAUGAAGACGAGGAUGAAGUUGAGAGCGGCGUCAAGCGACCAUCGGCGUUUCAUUUGCUUUUAGCAGCCUUCACCGUUCUCUUGCAUCGGUACACUGGUGAUACGGACAUCGUCAUCGGCUCUUCUUCAGCCGCUGUCAGGGAACCCCUUGUACUCCGACUUUCCGUCGAUCCAAUGGAUCCAUAUUGGGCGAUUGUCAGGCGCGUUCAACAAAUUGAGAGCGAAGCUGAGUCGGACGCCGUUCCAUUUGAUGUGCUCACGCGCGCCUUGAGCAAAGGGAAGGAUGAGGGGAUCGAGGGACCACUUUUCCGUGUCCGUUUCUUCGACGAAACAGACGAACCCAAGGACAACUUUAUCCGAUCUACAAGUCUUUCUUCAGACCUAACCAUCUUCAUUACGCGCCCACCCACUUCGACGCGCGCCUCCAUCGCUCCUCGGAUAUCGUUAAGGAUUCUAUACAAUUCUCUGCUAUUCACUUCCGCUCGAAUAACUUGCAUCGUUGACCAGUUAUCCGUCCUCCUCCGCAAGGUCGCCUCAAGUCCCCUCGCCCCCGUAGGUGCGGUGCCUCUCCUUACCCCGACACAAAAGGCCAAAUUACCUGUCCCGACGGCCGAUCUCAAUUGGUGUGACUGGAAGGGUGCUAUUACCGAUGUUUUCUCGCAAAAUGCACGUCGUUGGCCUGAGCGCCCUUGCGUCGUACAAUAUCUCCCUCCAGAGUCCUUGAAUGACCCUCAGAAGAGCAUCACUUUCUCUUAUGAUGCGAUCCUCCGCGCGUCCAACGUUCUUUCGCACCACCUCAUCAAAAGCGGUGUGCAAAGAGAAGAGGUUGUCAUGGUUUACGCCCAUCGCAGUGUCGAUCUAGUUGUUGCGGUUAUGGCUGUGCUCAAGGCUGGUGCAACGUUCUCAGUCAUAGAUCCUGCCUAUCCUGCGUCUCGACAAAUUAUCUACCUCCGUGUCGCCCAACCCCGAGGAUUGGUCGUAUUGAAAGGUGCCGGGACAAUCAGCCCUUCUGCGCGCGAAUUCCUAUCUGAAGAACUACAUAUCCGAGUCGAAGUUCCCGCGCUUGAAGUGUUCCCUGACGGCAGCAUUACGGGGGGCAUUGACGCGGAUGGGCAGGAUAUCCUUUCAGUCCACGCCCAUCUUGGACAUAUUGACCCAAACGUGGCCCUAGGGCCUGACAGCGUUGGUACCCUCUCGUUUACCAGUGGAAGUACAGGUAUACCGAAGGGUGUCAGAGGACGACACUUCAGUCUCACACACUUCUUCCCGUGGAUGGGCGAGAGGUUUGGGCUGAAUGAAAAUUCCAAAUUCACGAUGCUCAGUGGGAUCGCCCAUGACCCUAUCCAACGCGAUAUGUUCACACCCCUCUUCUUUGGUGCUCAGCUCAGGGUCCCUACCUCUGAGGAUAUUGGCACUCCCGGACGCCUGGCUGAAUGGAUGGCGAAUAGCGAAGUUACUGUCACUCACCUCACUCCGGCUAUGGGGCAACUCCUCUCCGCGCAAGCCACACGUCAAAUCCCCUCACUCCUCAAUGCCUUCUUCGUUGGGGAUGUCCUCACUAAACGCGACUGCCUCAGGUUACAAUCCCUUGCAGCCAACGUAAGAAUCAUUAACAUGUACGGCACUACAGAAACCCAACGUGCUGUUUCAUAUUUUGCGAUCCCUCCUGUAUCUGAGGACUCAACUUUCCUCGCAACACAAAAGGAUAUCAUGCCUGCAGGAGAGGGCAUGAUCGAUGUCCAACUUCUCGUUGUCAACAGGAACGACAGGAACGUCCCAUGUGCUAUUGGAGAAGUGGGCGAAAUCUAUGUCCGUUCAGGUGGUUUGGCGGAGGGAUACCUCGAUCAGGACGCAACAGCAGAGAAGUUUGUGACGAAUUGGUUCUCGGCUGACUCUGCUCCGAGAAAGGACACCAUUUUGCACCCAGUAGACGAGCUCGCUGGCUCCGAGGCACUGUAUUGGAAGGGCAUCCGGGACAGGAUGUAUCGUUCUGGAGAUCUCGGUCGAUAUCAGCCAGAUGGGAUUGUCGAAUGUACUGGACGGGCGGACGACCAAGUCAAGAUUCGCGGGUUCAGAAUUGAACUUGGUGAAAUUGAUAUCCAUCUCAGCCAGCAUCCGCUCGUGCGGGAGAACGUCACUCUUGUGCGAAGAGAUAAGGACGAGGAGAAAAUCUUGGUCAGCUAUUUCGUACCUCUGGAGGGACCGGAUUUGGAUGGAUUCGCGAGCGAUAUUCCUGAUGAUGAGGGUACUAUUGUGAGGGGUAUGAAGAAGUAUAGGCGACUUAUUAAGGACAUUCGGGAACACUUGAAGAAGAAGUUGCCGAGCUACAGCGUUCCUACAUUAUUUGUGCCCCUCAAGCGCAUGCCCUUAAACCCUAAUGGAAAAAUCGACAAACCCGCUCUCCCUUUCCCGGAUACCGCUCAAGCAUCCUAUGCAGCUCCACCGACGCGCAAAGCGAGCACAACAGAAGAAACAAUGUGUUCUCUUUGGGCAAACAUCCUACCCAAUGCACCCAAGCCCAUACCUCUCGAUGAAAGUUUCUUCGAUCUUGGAGGUCAUUCAAUCCUCGCCACACGCCUCAUCUUCGAGAUUCGUAAAGUGUUUGUGGUCAGCGCGCCUCUGGGCUUGAUCUUUGAACAACCUACCAUCUCUGGGCUGGUCAAUGCCGUCGAUGCUCUGAGAAAUGCCGAUCUUGGACUGGAGGCACAACCUCCUGUGGAAAUUGUUCCGGGAACCCCUGCUGUCGAAACGAAAGCGCUGCCCUUGGAGUACGGCCAGGAUUACGUUCAGCUCCUCGACAAACUGCAGCCUUCGUACCCUUCUAUUCCCGCGGACUUUGGCGAGCGUCCUGUUACAGUUUUCCUCACUGGGGCCACUGGGUUCUUGGGCGCAUUCGUUCUCAAAGACUUGCUGUCGAGAAUUGGCAGGGUUCAGAAAGUGAUCUGUUUGGUUCGUGCAUCGAGCGCAGAGAGCGGUUUGGAUCGAUUGAAGGAAGGUUCAACCAAUCGAGGGGUAUGGGAUGAUGCUUGGGUGUCAAGUGGCAGGCUUGAAGUUGUGGUUGGUGACCUUGCUUUGAGUCAGCUAGGACUGGGGAAAGAUGAUUGGGAUCGGAUUGCCUCUGAGGCGGAUGUCGUUGUCCAUAACGGAGCUUUGGUUCACUGGGUCUACCCAUACGAGAAACUCCGCUCAGCAAACGUAUUGUCGACUCUGGCAACGAUCGACCUUGCGUCGAGUGGCAAGCCCAAGCUCCUUGUCUUCGUUUCAUCCACUUCUGCAGUCGACACCGAGCACUACGUGCAACUCUCGGAAUCCCUUGCGCAGAGCUCAUCAGAAUUUACUGGUGUCCCAGAGGGCGAUGACCUGGAAGGAGCCAAAUCAUCGUUGAAAACUGGCUAUGGCCAGACAAAGUGGGUCUCUGAAAAGUUGCUCUUUGAAGCCGGUCGGAGAGGCUUGAGAGGACACAUUGUGCGACCAGGGUAUGUCGUUGGUGACUCGCGCACGGCGGUGACCAAUACGGACGACUUCAUCUGGCGUAUGGUCAAGGGAUGUGUGCAGUUGGGACUCGUACCCGACAUCAACAACACCAUCAACAUGGUCCCCGUCGACCACGUCGCCCUGUGCACCUCCCUCGCCGCCGUCUCCCCCCUUCCCAAUGCGCCCCUUUCAGUUCUGCAUAUCACCGCGAGCCCCUUACCCACCUUCAACGGCAUGCUCUCCUCACUCGCACACUACGGGUUCCUCACUGAACUAUGCGAAUACGUCGUCUGGCGCAGGAAGCUCGAGCAACAUGUCAUGGAGGUCCAGGAUAACGCCCUUUUCCCACUCCUCCACUUCGUCCUGGACGAUCUGCCAACGAGCACCAAGGCGCCAGAGUUGGACGAUAGGAAUACCCGGGCGAUCUUGAAAGCCCACACUGGCCCAACGGCGAAGACGGUCGAUGAGGGGUUGAUGGGGUUGUAUUUGGCCUGGUUGGUCGAGGCGGGGUUCCUUCCCAAGCCUACUCUGGAAAAGCCGGAGAAAAGGUUACCAGUGUUGGAGAAUGCGGGAAAUAUCAAAGCUGCUGGGCGUAGUGGUGUUUAA